UGUGGUCUGCAUUCCAAGCUAUAUUUUGAGUGUGAGGCAACGGUUAGUCCGUCUUUAGACGCGGCGCUGAGCGGACGUCCCUUUAGUCGUGAUGUAUCCUGAGUAUAUUUAGGAUCAUGGGCGCCGCAUCAGACGGCAUGGGGUGGCGCGCGCGCAUCGACGCCAUGCGUGAGUCUCGCAAACUGGUGUUGGUGAUUGUCGCCAUAGCUCUACUCCUCGAUAAUAUGCUUCUCACCACUGUUGUACCAAUAAUCCCGGAGUUCCUGUACGACAUUCAACAUCCGGACGCGCCCCUCUCCAUGGCGUUGGAAGACAUCACCACACCUGUACCACCCACGGCACCCUACUGCCCCUGCCUCAAUGUCACCAGCGUGCCAAUGGAGAACGUCACGCAUAUGAACAUCACAGCCCAGAAGGAGGCCCGGCACCAGGAGCUGAUACAUGAGACAGUGGCCGUUGGAGUCAUGUUCGCGAGCAAAGCCAUAGUGCAACUGAUAGCUAACCCAUUCGUUGGACCUUUGACCCACAAAAUCGGAUACAGCGUACCCAUGUUCACUGGAUUCAUCUUGAUGUUUCUCUCCACGAUAAUAUUCGCAUUCGGUCGAUCCUACAGCGUGUUAUUCAUUGCCCGCGCGUUGCAAGGUAUCGGUUCGUCGUGCUCUUCCGUUUCCGGUAUGGGGAUGUUGGCUGAGCGAUAUCCGGAUGACAAGGAACGUGGUAACGCAAUGGGUAUUGCAUUAGGAGGUUUGGCUUUGGGCGUUUUGAUCGGACCACCAUUCGGCGGACUCAUGUACGAGUUUGUCGGCAAGACUGCUCCCUUCCUCAUGCUGUCUGCUCUGGCUUUGGGAGACGGAUUGCUGCAACUUAUGAUCCUUCAGCCUGGAGUUGUGCGUCAGGAAACCGAUCCACCAUCACUCAAAGCCCUCAUCACUGACCCAUACAUCUUGGUCGCUGCAGGAGCAAUAACCUUCGCUAACGUGGGCAUAGCUAUGCUGGAGCCGAGUCUACCCAUCUGGAUGGCAGAUACCAUGGAAGCACGUCGUUGGCAGCAGGGUGUGGCGUUUCUACCUGCCAGCAUCUGCUAUUUGAUUGGAACAAACCUUUUCGGACCUCUUGGCCACAAAAUGGGACGCUGGCUGGCCGCCUGCUCUGGACUAAUUAUCAUUGGAUUGUGUCUGAUUCUGAUCCCAAUGGCCCGUAAGCUGGAACACUUGAUUAUCCCGAACGCUGGUCUCGGCUUCGCGAUUGGCAUGGUCGAUUCAUCCAUGAUGCCGGAGUUGGGUUUCUUGGUUGAUAUACGUCAUGCUGCAGUAUACGGAUCGGUCUAUGCAAUCGGUGACACUGCGUUCUGCUUGGGAUAUGCUGUUGGUCCAGCAUUCUCCGGCACCCUCGUGAACAGCAUCGGUUUCGAGUGGAUGCUGGUAAUCAUCGCAAUACUCAACUUUGCGUAUGCGCCAGUCCUGUUGCUACUACGUUCGCCACCCGCCAUCAAUGAGAAACAGAGUUUGAUUAUCAGCGAGAAAUCAUCAGUUCGCUACGUGAGCUACCAAAACGAGGAAGAAGAAUAAUGCGGCCAUCUUGUCCGCCAGCUCGGCCGCCAUCUUGUGACCCGCCCGAUUUAGUUUUAAUGUCAGAGGUAUGGAAGUAAUUUUAGACGUCGAAGAGUAUUUUACGAUUGUAUAUCCCUAGUGUAGCCAGUUGUGACCAAUUUUACAUUAGCUUAUUACAACAAAUAUACCGCUUUUUAUUGCAAAUGUGACUUUGACAAUAUUGUUUCAUCCCGUUUUGACAAUUCAAUCACUCGUUGAUUUUGCACGUUUUCAUGAUUGGACCAAGAUACAAUAUUUUUUACAUGCCAUCCUUAUGCUUAUAACGUAAGAAAUAUAUACAAAUAGGAAUUGUAGUUGUCAAAUAUGAAUGCAUUAGAAUAUUUCAAUAUAUAAUCUAUUCAAGUAAGUAACAUAUAUCAUGUUCAAAUAUUAUAUUGAAUUUUAGUCAUAGUUAUAUGUAUGGCGCCAUUUGAAACGUAGGUAAUGGAAUUAUAUUUCACUACUGUAAGGCACAGAUUGACGUUGUAUUAAUAUCUGCUUCGUAAAUUAUUUUCCCGCCAAAACAAAGCUACCAGCGCCUCUAACGGUGAAUGAUGGAAUCAUUUUACUAUUUUAUUAGUAAUAACAAAAGCGGCUAAAUGUUAUCGUUCACGGUAAGAUAAUUUAAUAGCCAAUGAUUUGAUGAAACUAUUCAAAAAUCGCUCCCUUUUGUCAGAUGAACGACAAAUUCAUGAAAUUGCAUGCGGUAUAUCUGUCCCUAUUUAGCUUGUAAUAAUGAAAGAGCUAGAUAUUGUGGUGGUUUUCUAGGACAGAAUAUACGUGCACUUGUUGUGUUAAUCUGUGGCCUUUAAUCUUUCUAUUUACGUAUGGCUGCGUCAAGUAGAAGGGGAGAGGUGUGUUGAAAUUUGGUCUUUUACAACUUCAAUCUUUCUAACGAUUGUACAUGUUAUAUUCAAGUUAUGACGGUUUUUGCUGCUUUAGACGUUGCUUGCGGCAACGUGAAACAAUGUAAGCCGUAGAACUUUUGACGUAGCACAACUUUAUACCAUUUAUUAGAGUUUAUAAUCAACAUAUAAAUUGUCUAUUGUAUGUCUUAAUCGUAUAGCUUUUAAUCAAAAUAUAUCAUAAUCUUAGAUUAAUUAAAUAUGACAAUUGACAAAGAGGAAGAAUCGAUUUGACAAAUCAAUUGUCAAAAUGUUUCGUAGUAUUUCAUUGUCAAAUAUCGUCGACAUAAAUCAUUUAAGUAGAUAUUUGAAUAAUCACAUAUACUUCCAUAAGUAGCUAUCUUUAGUAGAAUUCAUAAUGUAUUCAUAUUUGUAUUUUAGAUCUGUAAUACAAUAGCUGGUAUGGACCUUAUUUACUAGUAAUAAUAACCAAAAAUAUAUAUUUUUUAUUAUGCGCCCAAAGGGCAGGCUUAAGUCUUUCGACCAUUUUCCUAAGUUUAAAUUUAAUUCCACAGACCACUAAAAACUGUAACUGUGAAGUCGUAGUCAUUCAACGUUACCACAGAUUAUACAAGACUUGUUUUAUCAUGACAAUAUUUAUAUCAAAUUUAAAUAUAUUAUAAUGUUUUUUAUAUAUUAUUUAGAUUAAGAAGCAGCGAAUGCUGAAAGUGUAUGGUAGUAAUAAUAGAUUUGAAGAUAAUUAAUAUUUUAUUAAAAAUUUAAAUAGGUAAGAGCUAUUUUGUCGUCUAUAUACGCCUAGUUCCCAUAUUUUACCAACGGACAUUUGUAGACGCCGUGUUGAAACCGUAAUUUGAAUACUGGAAUCGGCAACUCGUGAUAGUUUUAGUGAUAUUUAUCGUGGAAUUUAUCAUUAGAAUAUUAAUGAAUGCUUUGUGUAAAAGGUGUUUUUUUUAAAUCUUCUAUUAAUGUGGUUGUCUAUGACGUAUAUUGUUUAUUAAAUUGUUUAUAGUAAUGACUAUCAUGUAUUGGUGUUUUGUUUAUAUUCA